UCUUGAUGGGUUUUUUUUCUUGCAUACACACAGCUUUUUGCUAAACAAGAUGUUAAUUGAUGGUCUGGAGUUGUGUGGAUUAUUUGUGGAUUGUUUUAUCAGCAGUUUGGACUCUCAUUCUGAUGGCUCCCACUCACCACGGAGGAGCCCCUGGCUGCAGCAGGUAUUUUCUACAGGGCUUGGCAGUAUUUUGAGCUGUAGUAAAGAAUUGCGCUUCAGUAGUUUCUCUGGAGCGUCUGUGUUAGGUGCCACUAUCACCGAACCCUCACCCGUCAUCAGAUCCAGAAUGGAAGCUAGUUUUGCAUCCACGUUUCCAGCAGUUCCUCAAGUAGCAAAAGCAGAAACCAAUUACAAACAGCACCGCAGAACCCCUUCCACCUCCAGCACUCUGACCUACUCCCCUCGAGACGACGACGAUGGCAUGCCGCCCAUUAGUACCCCUCGUCGCUCUGACUCUGCCAUCUCGAUUCGCUCUCUGCACUCCGAGUCCAACAUGUCGCUGCGCUCCACCUUUUCCCUGCACGAGGAAGAGGAAGACACGGAGCCACAGGUGUUUGCGGAGCAGCCCUCCAUUAAGCUUUGUUGCCAGCUGUGCUGCAGCGUGUUCAAGGACCCCGUCAUCACCACCUGCGGACACACAUUCUGCAGGCGAUGUGCCUUGACCUCAGAGAAAUGCCCCGUGGACAAUUCCAAGCUCACAGUGGUCGUGAAUAACAUAGCGGUGGCUGAGCAAAUCGGAGAGCUGUUCAUCCACUGCAAGUACGGCUGUCGGCCAGCUGCCUCGGGCAAACCCGGUGCCUUUGAGGUUGACCCACUUGGCUGUCCUUUCACCAUCAAGCUUAGCACCAGGAAAGAUCAUGAAGUAAGCUGUGACUACAGACCUGUUCGCUGUCCCAACAACCCCAACUGCCCUCCAUUGCUCACCAUGAACCUGGAGGCCCAUCUGAAAGAGUGUGAACACAUUAAGUGCCCUCACUCUAAAUAUGGUUGCACCUUCAUUGGGAAUCAGGACACGUAUGAGACGCACCUGGAGGUGUGUAAGUUUGAGGGGCUGAAGGAGUUUCUCCAGCAGACGGAUGACAGAUUCCAUGAGAUGCAGCUGACACUGGCGCAGAAGGACCAGGACAUCUCGUUCCUGCGCUCCAUGCUGGGCAAACUCUCUGAGAAACUAGACCAGCUGGAGAAGAACUUGGAACUCAAGUUCGAUGUGCUGGAUGAGAACCAGAGUAAGCUCAGUGAAGAUCUGAUGGAGUUCAGACGAGAUGCUUCCAUGCUGAAUGAUGAACUGUCUCACAUCAAUGCCAGGCUCAAUAUGGGUAUACUGGGCUCCUACGACCCCCAGCAGAUCUUCAAAUGCAAGGGUACUUUUGUGGGUCACCAGGGUCCGGUGUGGUGUUUGUGUGUCUACUCUACUGGUGAUCUCCUCUUCAGUGGGUCAUCAGAUAAGUCCAUCAAGGUUUGGGACACAUGCACCACAUAUAAGUGCCAGAAGACCCUUGAGGGCCAUGAUGGCAUAGUGUUAGCUUUGUGCAUUCAGGGGAACAAGCUUUACAGUGGCUCAGCUGACUGCACCAUUAUUGUCUGGGAUAUUCAGACCCUGCAGAAAGUGAACACCAUCCGGGCACACGACAACCCCGUGUGCACUCUGGUGUCCUCACACAACAUGCUAUUCAGCGGCUCUCUCAAAGCCAUUAAGGUGUGGGACAUUGUGGGCACAGAGCUGAAGCUAAAGAAGGAACUAACUGGCUUGAAUCACUGGGUUCGAGCUCUGGUGGCUUCUCAGAAUCACCUGUACAGCGGGUCUUAUCAAACCAUAAAGAUCUGGGACAUCCGUUCUCUGGAGUGUGUCCAUGUGCUCCAGACCUCUGGAGGCAGUGUGUACUCUAUUGCGGUCACCAAUCAUCAUAUAGUUUGUGGCACCUAUGAGAACCUCAUUCAUGUUUGGGACAUUGAGUCCAAAGAGCAGGUGCGGACACUGACGGGCCAUGUGGGCACAGUGUAUGCCCUGGCCGUCAUCUCAACCCCCGAUCAGACCAAAGUGUUUAGUGCCUCCUAUGAUCGCUCCCUCAGGGUGUGGAGCAUGGACAACAUGAUCUGCACUCAGACUCUGCUGCGGCACCAGGGCAGCGUGACGGCGCUCGCUGUGUCCAGAGGAAGACUCUUCUCUGGAGCUGUAGACAGCACUGUAAAGGUGUGGACGUGCUAAACAUGACUGCUAAUCAUUAUUAGUCGUCAACAUGUUGACUAAUGUGUCUCAAUCUCCUGGAACUCAGAAACCACGUGGACUCUGACGCACACAUUUAUAGUAUGAAUAUUAUUCAAGAAAACAUUACAACAUGCAUUGGACCGGAAAUGUUUUUAUUCUGUACGCUAUGGACUUGGGCGUCUGUUCCAUGUGAAUUUUGCAGUAAACUGUUAGACGCCUUGCUUCAUGCGCUGGAUGGAUGUUGCUCGUUUGCUUUCCUCUUACCAGACACCUCUUGACAACAAACAGAACCUCCCAGCGGACAGCCAACAUUCGUCAUAAACAUGACAACUCUGUAUUUUAUACACCCACAAUCGUUUCCUAUGAAAGUAUGAUUUAGAUUUGGUAAGACUUCCAGUCUAAGGUCAAGUUCCCUGCAGUCCAUGGAAAAGUUGCUGCGUCAGUGGCCUCAGCGAUGACUGUUGAACUUUGACCUUCAUGAGUUGCAGUCUCACGACUGAGUGAGUGCCUAAGCUUCAGUCUGACACCAGUGGAGAUGCAUGGAGCAACCAUCAUCCCCGGGCUGAAUGAAGACCUACACUACACCAACUUGGGCCUGAAACAGCAGAGCAUUGUUUUGGACAACACAGUACCCAUGUUUUUAUCUCCGAUUUGACAGUGCCAACUGAGCGUCCAGAAUGGCUCAGAUAUUUUCUAACUGCCUGUUGAUCCGAUGUGAAAUCUUUGUAUGACUCUAUCUAUAAUGACCGACUCAUCCAUCAUGCUUUUGUGUAAAUAAUGCAGUGUUUCCAUACCAAAGGUGCAACUGCUUCAUGAGUGCUUCCAUGUUUGCCGUGGAAGCCAGAUUUUGACCAUGCAAAUCUAGUAAGUGUUUUAUAAUGUACUUCAUGCUAGUUACUAAACAAUUUUAGUAACAGUAAUUAAUUUGAAUGGUGUAAAGCACUUAAUUCAUUAUCACUGAGCAUCCCAGCAUCACUUUCAAGAAGUAAUGAGUUUAAUGGAGGGAAAGGGAACACUGUGUUGCAUUAAUGUCAAGUUGAGUUCCCCUCUCAGCUUAAACAUGGAAAAAAAUCAUCAAAAAUUAGUCAUCUUGUACUCAUUUUCAUGUCGUCCCAAACCUGUAUGACUUUUUUCUUCUGUGGAAUGUAUUAUUUUUUUAUGAAUGUAUUUUUCUCCAUACAAUGCAAGCUGUGGUAACCAAAUUUGUUCCAAACUUUUGUGUUCAUUGUGAGGGUGGAUGAAAUGACAGAACUUUUCGUUUUUGGGUGAACUGUAAAUUUAACCGGAAGUUUUCUAGUUAAUGGUCAAUGCUAAUCUAAGACAAAAGGCAUAAAAACGGCUGCUGUUUUGUAUAUCAGAGUGGCAUAGAGCUACUCAGUCCAGCUCUGCACAUUUAGGACAAGAUUUCAGCAGUGGUUUUUUCCCCUUAAGCUGAGAGAGGAUAUGAGCUUGAGAUUCGUUUGCAACUCAAACAGUUACUUGUAUAAAAUACAUAAACUUUUAAUGCUUGUAUUAAGUGAGCUUGAUUAAUCAACCUUCACAUAAUGUGUUGACUCCCUCUAGUGUCCUUAAUGCAUUUUGAGUUGAAAAAAUAAAUCUGUGAAGGGCUGUGUGGCCCUUUGGUACAAA